AUGACCCCUCUGCUCCUCGCGCUCCCGUUCGCAUGGGCCGCCCAUUGGGUCAAAACCUGGGGGCAUGAUACAACGUUUGCCCUCUGCUUCAUCGCCAUGAUCCCACUGCAGAAGAUAUUCGAUUGGGGCGGAGAGCAACUGGGAGAAUUCCUGAAAGAAGAUCUACGAGAUCUGGUAGUCAUCACGCUAAGCAAUGCCGUAGAGGCCACCCUCUCUAUCAUACUACUUCUCAAGUGCGAGCUACGGCUCCUCCAGUCCACCAUCGUUGGAGUAGUGCUGCUGCAUCUCCUCCUCAUCCCUGGGAUGCCGAUUUUCUUAUCUGGGGCGCGACACCACGAUCAGCCCCUUCACGCCCAACAUGCGAGCGUCAAUACCACGCUACUCAUGGUCGGAGUACUCUCUAUGCUUGUUCCCACCGCCUUAUUUGCCGCCCUAGACCGCGGAUCGUCAAAUAGCGGACAAUCGGACUCCAACUCCGGGCUUCCUCCCGCCUUCGUACCCCUAGUCAGCGACACAGUCCGUCGAGAUAUAUUGAGUAUGAGUCGUGGCAUAUCCGUCGUGCUCAUCGUAGCGUAUAUUGUUUCCCGUAUCUACCACCAUGGCGUACUGCCGUCCACCCGGACUCGGAAGCUCGCACCUCCUGCGCGCCGGCCAUCAACUCUUACCUUUUCACAAAGUCCUGCUCGGCCCGCCGCGUCUCGCGCAAACACUUCAGAACCACUGCUCGCGUCCAAAACUACUAUGCCUGUGCAUCCGUGGGCUUCAUUCAUUCUCCUCGUCGUUGCCGUUGCGCUCAUGGCACCCACCGCCGAGUUUCUCGUCUCGAGCAUCGAAGACGUGCAAGAGACAAGUGGAAUUCAGACGGAGUGGUUCGGCCUCAUCCUUCUCCCCGUCCUUUCCUUCUCCGGCGACGGGGUCGUUGCGAUCCACAAGUUCCUCAUCCGCACGCACAACGAUCUCAAGGCCACGUUCCGGAGUAAGCGCGGCGGCUGCGACUCCGGACUCUCCACUGCCGAACAAGAGGGUGACGACGAGGAGUCGCUGGACCAGGAGUUCGCGCAUGCGCGCCCGAUCGACCUCAGCAUCCAGUUCACGCUCUGGUGGAUGCCGUUCCUCGUGCUCCUUGGCUGGUGGACCGACCGGCCCAUGCACCUCCUCUUCGACUACUUCGAAGUCGCCGUCUUGUUCGGCGCUUCCUUCCUCGUCAUCUGCGUUCUCAGCGACUCGAAGACGAACAUGUCCGAAGGGCUGAACAUGGUCUCGUUCUACGUGAUGAUUGCCAUUGCGACGUGGUUCUAUCCAGGCCAGCCUCAGAUUGAGUACAUGUUGAACUGCCCGGGUAGUGUCGCGGAAGCCGUUGCUCGAGCAGCAGGCGGCAUGGGAGAACUUGCUCCUUGA